AUGGAGAGUCUCUUGAAAUAUCCUGCAUAUGAAUGGGAACUUCUACAGAAUACACAUUACCAAAGGAUAAAUCUUGGGAAUACAGUAUGGGAUUCUAUUGACCCAGUUGCCUUUUUAACAGCAGUUGCCCCUUGUGGAGGAGCAAUAGCUUUAACACGGUCGGAAUCAAAUAUACAUAAGAACUUUAAGUUUGAGGAGAUACCGUUAUAUUCCAUAUGCAUAUUCAAUUUGACAGGUAGACACUUACAAACGCUAACGUGGGAUAAAGUUUCUAUUGCUGGGAUGGGAUGGAAUGAUAAUGAGGAACUGAUUGUAUUGUCGAAACAAGGUCAAGUUCGCAUGUAUAAUCUUCUCGGCGAAUUCCAUCAGUACUCCAUUGGGAAAGGAAUCGAAAAAAUUGGUGUCAAAGAAUGUCGGUUUUCUUCAGGUGCUGUAUUUGUUCGUUUGCAAGAUGAUUCUUUUAUUUCUCUAUCAGGUCUCGACGAACCAAGAAGAAAAAACUUUGCGAAUAUUCCUAUUGAGUUGAUGGAUAGUGAGAAAAUAAGUUCAUGGAAUUUAAUUCCUAAUCAGUUCUCUCUUGAUUUGGGGUAUGAUGUGUUGGUGAGCAUUGGUAACCAAAUCCUUCAAAUUGAUGAGCAAGAUGUCCAGGUUCACAAGAUUCCAUCUUCAGAACUGAUACAUCAAUUUUCUGUGUCUCCUAAUUCAAGAUAUAUAGCUCUCUACGAAGAAAAAGGGAAAAUUCGCGUUAUUUCGUCUGAUUUUACAAAGAUCCUCUUGGACUUCCAACUGCCAUAUACGAUUUCCGAAGCUGUAUUAAAACAAAUGACUUGGUGCAGUAAUGACGCUGUUGUCCUCGUUCACGAUAACCUUUUGACCCUCGUUGGUCCUUUUGGGGGUUCCGUUCCAUUUUUGUAUAAUCAUACUCCCAUUGUCUUUUCUGAAAUUGAUGGUGUGAGAGUUUUAAAUAAAGAGAAGUGUGAAUUUUUGCAAAGAGUUCCUUCGUCUUUGGAAAAGGUUUUUGAGAUGCAAUCCAGAAGCCCUGCUACCAGACUGGUGGAAGCUUCGCAGAAAAUGAAAUCCAAAUCAGUUCUUGCGGAAAAGCUACUUUUGGAAAUGAAAAAUGAUAUGCAUGCGGCGGUCGAUACUUGUACACAGGCUGCUCUUCAUGAAUUUUCCAUCGAAUGGCAAAAAGAAUUACUAGAAGCUGCCUCUUUAGGAAAAAACACAUUGACAGCUUUUAAUCACCAGGAGUUUGUUGACAUCUGCAAAGAAAUACGCGUUCUAAAUUCGGUUCGUUCUCCAAACAUAGGCAUUUACAUUACACAUGAUCAACUUGAAUAUCUAGGUUUCGAGCGACUUAUUCGAAGAAUUUCCAGGAGAAAGCAAUAUGGAAUUGCAUCACAGGCAGCUCAAUAUUUAAGCUUACCGUGCGACUGGGUUUAUAUCGAAUGGGCGCAAACAUAUCUCAAGCAAUCAAACGAACCGGAAGAUGUAGUGCUGAAUAAUAUAGUGGACAGACUGUCGAAAAGAAAAUUUAUCUCUUACGAAAAGAUUGCACGCACUGCUUAUGAAGAAGGAAGAAUCAUGCUAUCUACCAAACUUCUUGAUUUUGAACCGCUUGCCAAUCAUCAAGUUAUGUUGCUGCUAAACAUGGAGAGCUAUGAACAAGCUAUGAGUAGGGUCAUUGAAACGUCUGAUUAUGAAUUAAUUCUGUACGUUAUACUUCAAAUAAAGCAACAGAUGUCCAUCGCCUCGUUUUUUCAAUUAUUAAAUACUCAUCCCAAUGCUGCUAAUGUCUACGUUGAAUUUGCAAAGCAAAAUGAUCGAAGAACACUUCAUGACUUUUUUUACCAGGAUGACGACCGUAAAGGUCUAGCAAUGCUUGCUAUUGAAGAUACUUUGACAGUUAGUACUUCUAAGGAACGUAUUGCCUCUUUACAAACAGCUAGAAAGGUAUGCAACGAUUCAAAAGAAUUUUCAUUGGAAAGCAAAUUAUUAGACGAGCAAGUAAAACUCUUGCAGUUAGAGGAAGGUUAUGAAAGCCAGCUUGCAAGUAACUUCGUGGGACUAACGAUCAACGAAUUAAUUGUUAAACUGGUAGAGCUUAAUCAGAACCAGAAGGCUUCAAAAAUACGAUCAGAGUUUGCCGUUCCCGAAAAAAGAUUCACUUGGCUGAAGUUACGUGCUCUUGUCGCCAUAAGAGACUGGCUUCAAAUUGAACAAUGGGCUGCAUCUUUGCGUAGGUCACCGAUCGGAUUCGAACCUUUUGUGAAUGAGAUAUUGAGUGCUGGAAACAAAAGGGAAGCAGCGAAAUAUAUAUCUCGUUGCACACAGAUAUCAACCCAAGAAAAAGUUGAUCUUUGGAUACAAGUUGGUGAUGUAAAAGGUGCUAGCGAGGAAGCCGCAAAAGCAAAAAGUGGUAAUCUUCUUGGCGAACUUCUAGAACGAGUUCAAAACAUGCCGGAAAGUCGACUUGUGCAAAAUGCACUUGGUCAGUUACGACGCUAA